CUUUCCUCUGCCUGUAUGGAAACAAGACUGGCAAUCAGCUAAAAUACCUUUGUCCUCUUGUCUCUCCACUGGGAAACAAAUAUAGAAAAAAUGCAUUGUUUUGGAGUAUUAGCUGCACUGUCUGUUUUCAACAUAAUUGCUUGUUUGACAAGAGGCAAGCCUUUGGAAGACUGGGACAGGCUAUCAGCUAUGGGAAAGUCUGAUGCGCACUUUCAUGAUCCUGGGGAAGUAGAAGAUGAGACCCAUUUCAACUUUAAAUCUUUCUUGGAGAAUAUGAAGAUGGAUUUACUAAGGAGUUUGAAUUUGUCAAAAGUCCCCUCACAAGUGAAGACCAAAGAAGAACCACCACAGUUCAUGAUUGAUUUAUACAACAGAUAUGCUGCAGACAAGUCCUCCAUACCUGCAUCCAACAUUGUAAGGAGCUUCAGUACUGAAGAUGUUGUUUCCUUAGAUUCACCAGAAGAAAACCCAUUUCAGAAACACAUUUUGUUCUUCAACAUCUCUAUUCCACAAUAUGAGGAAAUCACAAGAGCUGAACUGAGAAUUUAUAUCUCCUGUCAAAGGGAAGUUGGGUCUCUCUCUAGGCUGGAAGGCAAGAUGGUAAUUUAUGAUGUUCUAGAUGAUGGCCACUGGGGAAACCCAGAAAGUACCAAAUCCUCCCUUGUCUCCCACAAUAUCCAGGAAUGUGGUUGGAAGAUGUUUGAAGUGUCCAGUGCUGUAAAAAGAUGGGUCAGGGCAGACAAACUGGAGACUAAAAAUAAGCUGGAGGUUGUUAUAGAGACUAAAGCUCUGAGUGGUUUUACUUGUGGGAAGCUGGAUGUCAGUGUUACCCCUGACACUAAAAAUCUGCCCCUGUUAAUAGUGUUCUCCAAUGACCGCAGCAAUGGGACAAAAGAGACUAAAGUGGAGCUCCGCGAGAUGAUUGUUCAUGAACAAGAAAGUGUGCUCAAGAAACUAGGGAAGAACAACACUUCAUCUGAAGAGGAACAACAGGGAGAGGUAAAGGCCAUCACUGGAUCCCACCGGCACUCCUCCAGAAGCAAGAGAAGCGUUGGAGCCAACCACUGCAGGAGAACUUCCCUCCAUGUGAACUUUGAAGAGAUUGGCUGGGAUUCCUGGAUCAUUGCACCAAAAGAUUAUGAGGCUUUUGAGUGUAAAGGAGGUUGUUUCUUCCCUCUGACAGAUAACGUCACCCCAACUAAACAUGCUAUUGUCCAAACUCUGGUGCAUCUCCAAAAUCCCAAAAAAGCCUCCAAGGCCUGUUGUGUUCCAACCAAACUGGAUUCAAUUUCCAUUCUUUAUAAGGAUGAUGCUGGUGUUCCCACUUUGAUAUAUAACUAUGAAGGGAUGAAAGUGGCAGAAUGUGGCUGCAGGUAGUAAACAAGGCAGAAUCUCUAAGAGUAGGAACAUCCCCUUUUUCUGUCCUAUGUAAAUCUGUACAAUAGCGAUGCAAAUGAAGACCAUUGCAAACAACAUUUGGAGCAGUGUAUGGGGCUGGUUGUUGCUGCUUGUUUUAAGGGAAAAUUGGCAUUUAAAGAAUGGCAAUCAUUGUAAAUAGCCUGCAUUAUAUAUCAUGGCAAAGUGAAUACUGGAUUAAAAUACUGUGAGAUUG